AAGGGUAUAAAUUCCAAUAAGCUGAAUAGCGUGAACCAUAAGCCAGGAAGAAAAGGAAGGGUGCAAAAUAUCUUAGACGUUGACUAAUUGACCAUCUCCUCCUACAUCAAGAAACUUGGGUCAAGCUUCUUCACUUGAAGCUGCCAUGGGAGGACCUGGUUGUGAAUCUGUUGAUAACUUCAAAACUAUCCUGGAACAAGAAGGAAUUUACCAUCUUUUAUCAGGUGAACUCAAGGUACCUUUAUCAUCAUGUAAACAAAAAACAGUUUGUUUAUUGUUCUCUGCAAACUGGAGUAGACCUUGUAAGGCUUUUAUACCACAACUUAUGCAAACAUACAACGCCCUAAAAGAUGUUGACUAUGAACUCGAAAUUAUCUUCAUAUCAUUUGAUCGAGAUGAAAAUGGAUUUAAAGAACACAUGAAGUCCAUGCCAUGGCUUGUGGUUCCUUUUGAUGUCAAUUUACAGAAGAAACUUGGUAAUUUAUACAAAGUUAAUCAAAUCCCAUCGUUUAUCCCAUUGAAUAUCGACACAAAAUUGCUUGCAAAAGAUUCCGUUGGACUCAUAAAAGACUAUGGCCCCGAUGCAUUUCCGUUCACCAAGAAAAGACAAGAAGAGUUGAAAGCUUUUGAUGAAGCAAAACGUCAAGAAGGGAAGUUGGAACAUCUUUUUACAAAUGGGAUUGAUAGUAAAGGAGAAAAGAUAUGUUCAUCGGAACUUGUGGGCAAGACGAUUGGUCUUUACUUUGGUGCAAAUUGGUGUCCACCAUGUCGUGACUUCACCACACAACUCAUUGAAGCGUAUAACGAUAUUGCCAAAAAUAAGGAUCAAGAAUUUGAAGUUGUAUAUGUUUCAACCGAUAGAGAUGUUAAAGAAUUUGAACUCGGAUUGACCAAAAUGCCAUGGGUAGCAAUUCCUUUUAACGAUAAAACAAGGCAAGAUCUUUGUAGAAUCUUUGAAGUCAAAUGGAUUCCAACUUUGAUAAUUUUAGGACCAAAUGGGAAAACAAUUACCACAAAUGGGCGAAAAUUGGUUUCGUUAUAUGGUGCCAAGGGUUUUCCGUUUACUGAGUCAAAGAUCUUGGGGGUAGAAUCGUCUUUAAUGAAAGAAGGAGAUGAAUUGGCUCGAGAAGUAAUGGACCGUAAACACGAACACAUUCUUAAACUCGAUAUGGCAAAACGUUACAUUUGUGAUUUUUGCAAGAAACGAGGGUCGUUUUGGGCGUUUUCUUGUAAUGUUUGUGGCUAUGACCUUCAUCCAACUUGCAUUGAAGAAACCCAUUAGAAAGAUUUGAUAUAUGAUAUGCUAUUGUUAUGUAAUAUGAUGUAUGGACUUAAUUAUUAAUUAAAUCAAUAUAUAUUAUAUAUGUUUGAAUGAAUACAA